GAGACUGUUACUACUUUGUGUGUUUGACACUUACAAAUCAACUAAAACAUGCUGAAUGUGUCAAAUGCGGCAAGUGACGAAUUGCAAUUGGCGAACACUUUUGUGAAAUUCUUACUCGGUUGCUAUGAUUGUAUUUGCUCAAGUUCAGGUCAAAAUACACGAUUUUCAUUUUAUCAUUGAAAAAAAUCCCAGUUCUCAUAAAAAAAUCAUUGUUUUGAAUGAAAACGCAUUGCAUUUUUCGAAGGUUACUAUCUGUGGAGACAUUUGGUGGAAAUUUGAACUAAAAUUCGCGCGAAACCAAUGACACUUGCAAACAGCACAUCAACAAGUUUGAAAAGUGAUUCGAUGUAAACAUGGAUAUUUUUGGCGACGAUAUCGAUAGUUUCUAUCACAACGAUGACGAGCUGAAUGAAAAUAUUCGCGAGCAAAAUGUUAUUGAAGAAGCCGAUGAAGACAAUGGCGAAAAGGAUGGAGAUGGAAAAUUAGACGAGAAUAGUGAACCAAUCAAAGUUGAAGCAAAGAAACGGUCAGUGCGACGACCACAGUUGCGUUUAAAUGUGGAGCGUUUGAAAUCCGAUCGUGGCAUUCACACCGUCGAAGAUUAUUUCAAAGAUUUUAAAUGCCGUGGCAAGGGCCAUGAGCGUGAAGAUUUGAAUGCAGUGAUGAAACGAUUGGAACAUUGGGCACAUCGUCUGUAUCCAAACUAUCAGUUCGAUGAUUUUGUGGCUCAGGUGGAGAAACUUGGUCGAAAAAAGGAAAUCCAAACGCAUAUGUAUCGCUAUCGACACGGUUUGUUGGAUGAUCUGAAUAAGAACAAGGGCAACGAAGAUGAAGAGGUGCGUGAAGAAGGCGAAAAUCACAUGGAAGGAAUUGAACCCAUCGACGAAAUGGACGAAAUUAUAGACCAGCAAAUUCAGAAUUACACAAUGGCACCCAGAACACCGGCACAUGAACGUACAUUUGAAUCGAUUCGCAGUAGCAUGAUUGCAACGCCAAGACUUCGUGACCAACAUCCGAUCGAGGCAUCAACACCAAUUGCCAAACCAGUUGAAAGUGCACCGGUUACAAAACCGGCUCUAACAUCCGAACAAAUGGCAAAGAUAGCUGAAAAUCGUCGUUUGGCACAGGAACGGUUGCGCCUUAAGAAAUUGGAAGCUGAAAAGGCUGCCGCCGCUGCUGCAGCAGCCGCUUUAAACACCGAAAAUGCGGAAAAUGAAGAAUUUACAUAAUCAUAAUAGUUAGAACUUUAUUCAUUAAGCGCGAUAAAAUGUUAAUAAAAUAAAACGUAAGGCAACGGCUCACACACUCAUUGUGAAUUGUGAACGAAACCUUACACCUAACCUCAAUUAUGUUGCCAAUCUGUCAAAAAAAAAAUAGAAUGUAUUGUUCUUGGUUUGUCAUUUGAAAGCCGUCUGACUCAAGCCACGUUUUGAUUGAAUUUCACAACGUCAAAUCAAAUUCAGUCAUUGUGUCUUUUGUCUCUAACUGGAGCAAGUUGAAUAAAAAGCAUUAAAAUCAAUCAAAA